AUGUCUACAAACGACGCAGAAUCUCGGAUUUUGGAGGAAGCCACCCGCGCCGCCGAAGAGUUCAUGAGCACGCUUGAUAGCAAUCUACAAGCACACGGCUUUGCAAGCUCUUCUGGCACUGCCUCGCGUGCAACGGUAGUCCAAGACAUUUCCCGAUGGGUAAAGUCUGCUAUAGAGGCAGAAGUGCACCAAGGCGAACAUGCCGAGGGAUGGACUGAAGAGGAUUCUCUCCAGAAUGUGCAGAUCCGCGCAGAUACGAUUGGGAUCAGUCAGUCGGGCAAAGUGGGAGUAUUGAAUGCGAAGGUGCAGGGCGACGGAUGGUCGUUGAUCACCAUUACGCCGCUUAUGGAGUUUUCUCGUCCAGGUUGA